AAGGAUCUAGUAACUAGAUUGGUGUUCCGUAAACUAAAGUUAAGCGAGCGUGAAGAAUUAAUUCAGAAUGUUGAAUGUUCCCUGAAGAGUUGUGGAUGUUUACAACGUUCCGUAUAUGUGCGCUCGAUGGACUUUUUUAAAAUCGUUGAUUAAAAUAAAUUAAAUCAAUAAGGUUAAAAAUUAACUAAAUUAUACGCGUGUACUAUUAGAAUGAUAAAACGAGAGUUUUUGAUUACCGUGGUUACCAGUGUAGCCAUGGUUACAGCUGUAUCUUUGGGCGCCAUUGUUACGUUCUAUUGCUUGCAACAAAAACGUCAUUUUCAUGGAAAGGUAAAGUCGUCCAUGAUGGCGGAGAUGUAUCAAAAUGGCGCAGUUGUAACCGAUAAUGUGCGUUGUGCUGAAAUCGGUAGAAAUAUUCUCAAGAAAGGAGGAAGCGCCGUUGACGCAGCUAUCUCCACAAGUUUUUGCUUAGGUACAUACAGCAUGCACUCAGCUGGAAUUGGUGGAGGCGGCGUUAUGCUGGUUUAUAAGAGAGAUAAACAGACAAUGGAAUCGUUUGAUUAUAGAGAAACUGCUCCACAGCUUACAAAUCCUAAUGUAUUUUUUGAUAAGAGGAAAACUUCCAAUUAUGGUAAGUUUAAUUCCUAUACCUUAUCGGUAAAAACAAAGUCGGCAAAAAGCGACAUGCCUGUUGUUGUUUAUUCAGGAGGAUUAGUGAUAGCUGUACCAGGCGAAGUAAAAGGUUUGUAUGCAGCUCAUCAAAAGUAUGGGAAGCAAAAUUGGAAAGACUUAAUACAACCAACAAUAGAUCUUUGUGAGAACGGAUUUCGAAUGACCAUGCGUCUUCAUCAAACAGCCACGUUUCAUUUGCGCUAUUUAAAACAGAAAACUGUGUUGAGGUAUUUAAUCUUUGUUUAUAUAUACCGCAAAUUUCUGGUGACGUUGAUACAACCAGAUUUUCCUAUUCCUCCUGAUUCAUCUCUUCAUUUUAGUGAUAUUCUUUUCAAAAACGGUUCCUUGGUCGACUUAGGAGAGAUGUUAUAUAACAAAAGACUAGCUAAUACUUUGAGAAGGAUAGCAGAAAACCCGCAUACGUUUUAUAAUGGAUCUCUCGCCGAAGAGAUCGUGAAAGACAUUCAAAACGUAGGAGGCAUAAUAACACUAGACGAUUUAAAGCAUUAUGAAAUUAGAAAAAGAGAAUUUGUUACAACAGAACACAAUAAUAUGAAGUUAUAUGCGACUACUGUUCCUACAGGCGGCCCUAUUUUGGUGCAUAUCUUGAAUAUUUUAAAAGGUAGGUGGAGUGAGAUGUUUAUGGUUUAUUUUGAGAGAAUAUUUAUUCUCCAUAUGCUUCACACGGUAUAUAUAUUGUCACGUGUUUUAGUCAUGCAACAUUAUAAAUUUUUGUCUUAUCUUCACCAAUCUGAUUUUUUGCUGCUAUCUACAAGGCUACCUCUGACUAAAGUGCUGUUUAUAUGGAGGCAGGCUGGCUCGACAAGCAGGCCGGCUCACUUGCCAGGCUGGCUGCGGGCUAGCCCGCUUUGUUUCUGUUUACAUGAGAAAAUGUUCAUCUCGCCUACCGGGAUCCCACCUCUGAGAAACGAGAUCACGCCUACUGAGCUAGCCCACGGUGAACUAUUGGACAAAAUAUACACCAAGCUUGUUAAAAAUAGAAUCCUUAACGGAAUAGCGUUCAACCGGUCGUUCAACGCAGGCAUUCAACACUGGGUCACAGUUACUAAUUUUGGCCAAAAUCGCAAAAAGUCCCGCAAAAUUUUGAAAAGUUGCUUAGCGAACUAUUUAUCAAGUUAUAACUUUCAACCACAUGAUCUAAAAGAUGGAAACAGCAGUGUAUUGACGUAUCACAGAAUGUUAGAAGCAAUAAAGUUCGGCUACGCUCAGAAAGCCAAUAUUGGAGAUCCUGCUUUUAUUGAUAAAGAUUAUGUGCAAAAAUGGUUAGAAAACAUGACCAGUAAAGUUUAUGCCGACACAGUUCGACAGAAAAUCAAAGACAAUGGUAUUCAAGAUUUUAAAGCAUAUGGUCAUGGGCUAGAACCUACAGAUUACGGCACAUCGCAAAUAAGUGUUUAUGCACCAAACGGUGACGCUGUUUCUAUGACAACUACGAUUGGGAAGUGGUACAAGCAAUGUUUUUCUAAUACUUUUUUAGACUCAGAUCUUCAACUGGGACAUAACAUAAAGACUGCUGAAGUUAAAUUCCACAUAUAUUUUAUAUCUAGUAAAACGUACGGAUCUCGCGUUAUGUCGCCUAAAACUGGAAUCCUAUUCAACAAUCAAAUAACAGAUUUUAUUAUAUCAAAGCCUUCUAACCAAAUCAACCAGAUGAACAUACCACAACCAAAUAAAACACCUCAGUCAUCAAUGGCGCCUACCAUUCUCACUGAUAAGCACGGAAACGUAAAAAUCGUCUUGGGAUCUUCGGGCGGGAAACUCAUAAUAUCCGCCAUGGUACAGGUAAGAAUAAUUCGUUUCGUUCUUUCUCCUUUUUUGUUCGUCUUCUUUAAAGAACAAGCAAAGAAAUUCCUAAUAUAAUGAGGAUGAAGUUGAUUUUCCAGCACAUUUAUUGUAAUAGCCCAAAGCUCAAAUAUAUACUCACAUGGGAAGGUUUUUUAGAAACUCUUGCUCAAGACAAAGGCAUCCAUCCUUUCUUAUUACUCUUUCCAUCGAAAAAAAGAGGGGCCUUAGGAAAGAAGUUGCAUAGACUGCUUUAGGUUUGUUUGAUUUUUAGGGCUUGUUGUAUAUGACGUCAUUUGGUGAAGGAUUAGGAGAAGCUAUUACUCGACCCAGGCUACACACAAAGCAAAAUCGAAUCGGCAUAUCAGUUGAACCAGCACGUUCGUUACCUGAAAAUAUACUUGAGGGUCUUAGAAAGUUAGGCCAUAAAAUUGAUAAAGAUGUGAUUGUAUACGUGACUGCUUUACAAGGAAUUUAUAUCGAAGAUAAAGGAAGAAUAUUGGGGAAAUCUGAUCCAAGGACUUACAGCUACAGUGCAGGCUACUAGUGCAGGUUAUAUCCACCCAGAUCUCCCAUUCAUAAUGUCCUUCUACACCCUUGAAAAGUCUAAUUUGUGAGAGAAGUACGUGGAAGUAUGUACGCAGAAGUUGGCGAGUACAUUUAUAUGCGAUGAACUUUCUCUAGAUUUACACAUGAACAGAGCAGCUUUUAUACGUUCACAUGCAAAGACAAUAAAAUAACUUUAGG